UCUAUGGUUAUUUCACAAAGAAUGGGACAAAAGAAACAGAAAACAGGAAGCUCCAGCUGUGCUUCUACUGCAUCUCAGCAGACUACUGAAGGCCAGGACGAUCUCAUCCGGCCGAAGAAACUGUUCAACCCUGUUCUGGAGUCUUCUAGUCGCAGAGCUUUACAUCGUGAACUGCUAGUCAGCCACAGAUGGGGUCUCCUGCCUGAAGAGAAGCCAGAGCUGAAGCGGGUGCUGGAACAGAGGAGACUGGAGCAGCACAGAGAAAGAGAACAAGCCUCACAUCCGCCAUCUGACCUUGAGCAAGAGCUGCACAAGAGACGCCAGAGACUCCUGGCGUACGAACAGGAAGAGCUGAGACGCAGAGAGGACCUACAAAACAUGCCAGAGUUUGUUCGGGUGCGGGACAACCUGAGACACAUCACCGUCACAGGCUACUGAACCAACAGAAGUACUACAAAUACAACAAAAUCCACUUUCUCAAAGAACUGCUUUUUGUUCUGUCAGAGGGAAUCAUUAUCAUCAGUAUGAUUCAGUCAUUUUGUGUUGUGCUCUCUCACUGCAACCAAAUCUGAAAUGGCUUUUAAAGGGUUAGUUCACCCAAAAAUGAAAAUUAGCCCAUAAAUUACUCACCCUCAAGUCAUCCUAGGUGUAUAUGACUUUCUUCUUGCAGACGAAUCCAGCUGGAGUUAUAUUAAA